AAGAUGAUGAUGAUGGUUUUGGUGUUAGUAUCUCUCCUAGAGUUUCAGAGCACACUCAGCUCUCCUGCACCCCUUCCAACUCUUUGCGAUAGAGAGGUGGAAGAAACAGGAGAUUGUCAUUAUGGGACAACAUAUGACAGAUGCGGGAAUAGAGUUUGUAUGAAGGGGCCCGGUGAGGUCUGUGGAGGCAAAUAUGGACGGUAUGGAACCUGUGGAGACGGACUAAUGUGCUCCAACUGUAACAGAUGUCAGGGGUGCUCUUACCAAACAUUCUCUUGUUGGAGUGAUACUAACUGUUUAUCCUGGUAAAGGGAACCAAUAAGAGGUUGGUAAAGAAGAAUAAAUAAUUCCUCAGUCCUGCUGCAAUUGAUUGAUUGAUUGAUUGUCAAUUAAUAGCUUCAUCUAAAGACCAUGUAUUUGGAGUUAAUAAAAAUACCUGCUGCCAUCUA